AUGGUCGAAAUAAUUAAAAAUCGUGGUCUACUGACCACUCAAAGGAUUCAGAGAAGUUACUGUUCGUCAAAAAGACCACAAAGUUUGUUUAAACCACGAAACCCCAGCCUGUUUAAUGUCAAAUCAAAACCAGCAGCAUCUUCACCUUUUAAGAGCAGGGGUGUGCCAAAGUUCGGCUUCAGUCCUGUAUGUUCUGUAGAUAAAGUUAAAUUGUCAUGCGAGAAGAAGACUACUUCGUCUCCAAAAUCAUGUUCUGAAGCAAAACCUAAACCGCCGUGCGAUAAAGAGCCUCCCCCGGCAGAAAACACAUCGUGCGAGAAAAAGGAGCCUCCUGUGACUAAAAAACCUUGUGGACCAGCCACAGAACAAACAAAGGCAUUAUCUUCCUCGGCAAAAAAUUCAUCGUGCGAGAAAAAGGAACCUCCUACGACUAAAAAACCUUGUUCACCAACCACAGAACAGACGAAGGCAUCUUCUCCGAUAUCUAGCGAACAGAAACAACAAUCUCAGACCAAAACUACUGGCUUGCCAAAAACUAAACCUCAAGCCACAAUUUCCAGUGCGUUUAAGUCGCAUAACGGUACAGAAAUUUCAACUUCCUCGGAUUCAAAAAAAACUUCCAUCUUGUCGAUACCAUUUUUAAAACGGUUGCAGAGAUCUGAACCAAAAAAAACUCCUCUGGCUACAGCCGCCCACACAAAACAAAGAAUAACAGCGACGCCGCCAAAGUUGAAGAAACCAAAUACAUCAAUUAAAAGAACUCCUAGCAAUAUAAUUAAUGAUUUUAAACGAGAUCCUCCAAUUCAAAAAGGUUUCGUAAUAAUUCCAAAAAAAAAUUCGCAACCAUAUAGUCCGCAAAUUCCUAAGAGCACUACAUCAACUAGCAAGAAUCCACCCAAACGAUCAAAAAUAGACUCAAGCGUAUACGUUAACAAAUACAUCCAACAUUCGAUUAAAUCCAACGCCAUCCAGCCAUCGAAAGCAGUUACUAAGGUGAAACGUGUCGAUCCGUUGAUACGUCAAGGAUUGAUUGAGCGAUCUAAGGAUGGCAGUCCUAUGAAGAAAAUAUCUUACACUGACCGGAAAGUACAUGAUAUCGUUCAAAUUGAAAGUGACAACAAGAGAAAUUCCAAAAAGAAAGCUGUGGCUAAUUUGAAAGUCAAUAAUGAUAAAAAAGCAGGUUGUGGUAAGGAAGACGAUACCGGUAAGAAAGCUGAUGUUAACAAUAAAGUCAAUGAUAGCCCAGACAAUGUGAUAGGCAAAGUAUUAAAAAAAAAAAAUUAUCUCAUACGACCUCAUUUCAAUGAUAAAAAUGUACAGCAUCCUCCAACGGCAGAUUCGCCGGAUCCAAGGAAACCGCGAACACCACCAACGAGACCCAAGCCACCCAAGAAAACAUUUAAAUCGCAAAACGUUUAUUCUAAAGAUGAGGCUCAAAAUCUUAUAAAAAAAAUCUACAACGAAAAAAUUCGCGAAGAAUUAGCUGACCAAUUUCAUUCGGACGAUACAUUUCUAAAAGACCAAAAUUCAACUAAAUCGCAACAUCAAAAUUCGGAAUUCCUAUGGUUGCGACCGUCGCAAGAUCAACCCAAAAAGACAUUCAUAUCCCACCAUGCAAUUUUCGAAGAAGCGAUAAAAAAUGAGCAAAUGAAUAACAGUGUUGGCGAAAAUCUUACGUUAGACGAAUCACUGCAGCGACUGAAAAGAAGAAACGACAUAUUGCAGAUUAUUGCAGAUAAUCUGCCGCAGAUAAUAAACAAAAUUUCAUCAGACGAGAUCAAAAUUCGGUUACAUAUAAUCCAAGAAGACGAGUCGCCGCCUUCAACCAGUACCUCAACCAGUAGCCACAAUAGUCGUGGUAGUUUAACUAGCAAAUUGGAUCCUAAGAGUCCGUCGGGAUCUAGAGGCAAGCAUACAUAUACAAAGCUCAUUUCAGAUAUCAACAAUCAAACAAAGUCAACACAAAUAACACCUAAUAGAGAAAACGAGGUCCAGGCGGAAACGAAAGUUAAACCCUUGGAACAAUUGCAGGCGGCAAUAGCCUAUUCCCUGCAAAUGAUUAAAGUUGCCCUGUUUAAUAAAGACCACUGA